AUCAUGAAUAUUCACCAAAUUCAUACUUGAAAAAUCAAGACAAAUUAGAACAAGUUCUCUUGCUAUAUGUAAUAGCUCAAAAUGAUAAGGUGAAUGAAGAAAUCCAAGUUGAACAAUAUGAAUUACAAGAAUUAGAGAAUAGCUUAAGCGUUAAUGAUACUGAUAGUCAAGAAUAUAAUAAAAAUAGAAUUGUUUUACAAGAAGAUGAUACUGAAUUACAAGAAUUAGAGGAUA